CCCUGUUAUUGUGUUAUUUACCUUCACUAGCAGUGGAGGAGUGUAGGUCAGACGAUAGCUCUCUAUAAUGGCCCAACAGUGGUUCUUUAAUUUUAUGGGACUAGUUAUAAGAUCGUUUUUUAUAACUAGCGUGUCUCUGUCUGCUCUUAUAAAGAGUAUUUGACUGUGCACAGGGCGACUGUCUAGUAAACAAAGUAAACAAACAUGACCGCGACCAUUUCGGCCGUCGCUGCAGACUCCUCUGGUUCAUCUUUCUCCAUUUCUGCAAGCCUCCUGCGACUCUUUAAACACAUCAAAUAUGAAAAUCUUGCAGCAGGACUCAGUGGAGGUGUUAUUUCCACAAUGGUGCUACACCCCCUGGAUUUGGUCAAAAUAAGGUUUGCAGUAAGUGACGGUCUGCAAAUGCGACCCCAAUACGAUGGCAUGUUGCACUGCAUGAAGACCAUCUGGAAGCUAGAAGGGAUCAGGGGUCUCUAUCAGGGUGUUACCCCCAACAUCUGGGGGGCUGGGGCAUCAUGGGGCCUGUACUUCCUCUUUUAUAAUGCUAUUAAAGCAUACACACAGGAGGGGCGGCAAACAGAGCUGACUGCAGGUGAACACCUGGUGUCUGCGGCAGAGGCAGGCAUUCUGGCGCUUUGCCUCACCAACCCGGUCUGGGUGACAAAGACCCGGCUGGUGCUGCAGUACAAUGCAGAUCCUUCCCGGAAGCAGUACAAGGGAAUGAUGGACGCCCUCGUGAAAAUAUACCGUCACGAGGGUAUCCCGGGACUAUACAGGGGUUUUGUGCCGGGGCUAGCAGGGACUUCCCAUGCUGCAUUACAGUUCAUGACCUAUGAGUGCCUGAAGAGGGAGAAGAAUAAAUAUAAGAAGAUGCCAUCUGAAUCACUGCUGUCUCCACUGGAGUACAUCACCAUUGCAGCCAUCUCCAAAAUAUUUGCAGUGUCAGUAACUUACCCAUACCAGGUGGUGCGUGCUCGCCUGCAGGACCAACACAACAACUACAGCGGUAUCGUGCAUGUCAUCAGGGGAACGUGGAGCAAUGAGGGGAUUGAGGGCUUUUACAAAGGGAUGGUCCCCAACUUGGUGCGAGUCAUUCCAGCGUGCUGCAUCACCUUCUUGGUGUUUGAAAACGUGUCACGCGUACUGUUGGGCGAGUAUCACUAAAUCCUCAGGACUCGCAUGUGGGUGCGUACUCACCAACGCAACAAUGGACCAACAAAAAAUACGGCAGGACUAUGUAUGUGUGAUGGAGAAGAGCAGGAAUGUAAAACAUUUCCUGUUUAAAUCUAAACUCGAACGCACUUAAUGAAAAGUAGAAAAUUGAGGUGCAUAUCCAGUGUGACAGUUUCAGAUUUAUUGUAUUGUUGAUACUUGAAUUUAUUGGGACGUAUUGACUAGUUCACCCAAAAAAUGUUUAACUCUGUCAUAAUUUACUUAUUCUCAUGUCAUUUUAAACCUGUCUGAAUUUCUUUCUUCUGUGGAUCAAAAAGAGUUGAUGAAAGUGGAUGGAGACAAGGGGGCUUUCAAGCUCCAAGGACAAACAUAAAUAAAUAAAGCUCCAUAAAAGUACAACUUGUUUAUUAAGGUGUUACAUUAAAAUAAUCAGAGAUG